ACAAUCGCUUCAACACAUAGUUCGAGAACUCUGCGGACUUUUCGUUAAUAUCGUGGAUUCUAAAGUUUACUUGCUACACCAAACAGCCAAAGAAUUCUUGGUUUGGACAUCAUCUAAUGUCGCCCCUGAUUCCGCAAAGUGGCAAAACUCACUUCUUCCCAUGGAAUCACAUAGAAUCCUUGCGGAGAUAUGCAUGCAUCAUCUUCGCUUCCCAGAUAUUGUGAAUUCAAGAUACUGUCCCUCUUCAGUCUUUGAGACAUAUGCAGCAAAGAAUUGGGCAGCUCACUUCCGUGAGGCUCAUAACAUGAUUACAGAGGAACAAGUAUACCAGGCAAAGCAGCUUUGCGAUGCCAAUUCACAAAGAUAUAAGAAGUGGCUCGAUGUCUUCUGGAGAACACAAUCCAAGAAGGCCCCGGUGGGACAGGAUGAAUCAUUAUUCCGCGGUAGCCCAGAACGUUUUACUACCUUAAUGAUCAUAUCGAGUUUGGGGUUAGCCAAAGUCCUUCCCCUGCUUUUAGAAGAGGAGGUAUUGGACUUGAAUAUAACAGAUCUUACACGGCGUCGAUCUGCUUUGUCGUGGGCAUGUUUUUCCGGACACGAGAAGAUUGUUGAGAUGCUCUUACGCUCUGCAACUAGGCGUUCAUGUCGGGGUGUCCUAGAGAGGUCUCUAGAUCUUGAUCUGUUUGAUAUAUUUGGUGAUACGCCAUUAAACAUUGCAGCAUAUAGAGGACACGAAAGAAUCCUACAACUUCUCCGAACAGGAGCCGACCCUAAUUCUCAAGAUGAAUAUGUCGGUGCGCCAUUAGCUAUUGCAAUAAAAGAAGGGCACGAAAGAAUCGUACAACAACUUCUCGAAAAAGGAGCUAACUUGAAUAUUCAAACUCAAGUACUAAGUGGAAAUACGCCAUUGACGGCUGCAAUAAAAGAAAAACGCGAAAGGAUCGUACAACAACUGCUCGAAAAGGGGUGCUGACCCUAAUACUCGGGGUAAUUAUAUUCUAAGCCUUGAUCAAUCGUAAACGGAAGUGGCCUUGAGAGUGAAUCGGGUGAAUUAAGCUUCUAGAUUUAGCAAGUCAUGCUACACUCCUACCAACGGGAACCUGUAUGUCCUCCUCCUC